AUGUUUGUAACACUUACAAAAAAUGCAUCACAGUCUGCAUACAAGUUGUUGUUGAAUUUUGAAAAGUGUGUACAAGAAAUCGCAUUUGAUAGUAAAUUAUAUAUUGGUUUUAGUGGUAUAUUGAAGAGUGAUUUAUCAUUUUUUGAUCUAUUCAUGUAUAUCUUGGCCUGUUGGAUGUCACAUCCAUUUGUAUUUAAACUGUCGUUACCACCGAUAUUCGUCCAAAAUCUUGUGAUUAAACCGAACGAAAAAUUAUAUUGUCAUUUACCUGUUCAUACAUCAUUUGCAGUUCAACCUUAUUAA